AUGUUGUUAUUUUGUUGGGCAAAGAAAAGCUCAAGGGACUCAUGUGCUGAGAUGGGUUUUAAAGAAGCUCCCAAAAGAGGCGUGAAGGGCCCAGUGGCAGCAAAGAAGAAACCUGAAAAGGUAGUAAACCCUUUGUUUGAAAAACGACCAAAGCUGUUUGGAAUUGGCGGUGCACUUCCACCAAAGAAGGACUUGACUAGGUUUGUCAAGUGGCCACAUGUUGUUCGUAUUCAGAGGCAAAGAAGGAUACUGAAACAGCGUUUGAAGGUUCCUCCUGCUGUUAACCAAUUCACAAAAACACUUGACAAGAACCUUGGUAAAUUUUUUGGUCCUAUUCUGGAAAAGUUGACAAACUUUGGUUCCAAGGAUCAUGGAUGUCCAGGCUUAAAUGUAGCACCUGAGGACAAGGCUGCUAAGAAGGAAAGGCUUCUUAAAAGAGCACAAGCUGAAGCUGAGGGGAAGACUGUGGAAUCAAAGAAGCCUAUUGUUGUGAAAUAUGGUCUUAACCAUGUUACUUACCUCAUUGAGCAGAACAAGGCCCAGUUGGUGGUUAUCGCUCAUGAUGUGGAUCCAAUUGAGCUUGUUGUUUGGUUGCCUGCAUUGUGCCGGAAAAUGGAGGUUCCUUAUGCAAUUGUGAAGGGCAAGGCACGACUGGGAGCGAUUGUCCACAAGAAAACAGCUUCAGUUUUGUGCCUUACUUCAGUAAAGAACGAGGACAAAUUGGAAUUUAGCCGGGUUUUGGAGGCAGUCAAGGCGAACUUCAACGACAAGUUUGAUGAGCACCGCAAGAAAUGGGGUGGUGGCAUCAUGGGUUCCAAAUCUCUGGCCAAGACUAAAGCUAAGGAGAGAGUCUUAGCCAAGGAGGCGGCACAAAGAAUCGCCCCGUUUGUUAUUUUGGACGAGUUUUGUAUUGAUUGGGUAGCUGAAAUACUUCAUUACGUUCUCGAUGUGAUGCUACUUGAAAGAAAAUCAGCCUUUCCCAAAACCCUUUUACUACAGAUGGUCAUGUAUCAAAAGCUAACCCUUCUGAGGAAAAGAAUUCGAGUUCUUGUCAUUUGCCCUUUUGGUGAAGGGCAAGGUGAUACAGAUGCUGUUGAUUUUCCAGUUCAGCGCCGUCGAGCUUCAAUCCGUCCCAAUAUCUCACUGCAAGUCGAGCUAUUUCCAAUGCCUGUUCGAUAG